AUGUCCGAAUCUCGCUACCCGAACCAAAUCUCUGUUUCCAAACCUGCAAAAGAAGGGACCCACCCUGGAGAUUUUGGUGGUGGUUCCCCUCUGAAGCUUAAGUUAGAUAUCAAGAGUGUUAAAGAAAAACUAGAACAAGUGAACAUAUUGAGUAGACAUGGGCUAGCAAAAGUUUUGGGAACCAUUGCGAGCGUUGGAGGGGCAACCAUUAUUACUUUGUACAAAGGCAUUCCAUUACUACAACUUAAAGAGCAGCCUAAACAAGUUAAUUUGAUGGCGGAAAAUGAAGAAGUAAAGUUUGGUAUAUUUGCAAAUACAACGCAGAACUUCACUUGGGGGUUGCAUAUUCCUACUCGGGCAUUGCUGCUCCUGGGCUGGUUGGAUGGUCUAUCAGCAUCAGUGCUGAAGAAGUACCCAACAAAACUGUCCCUUACUUCUUACACAUGCUUCUUCGGAUUAGUUCAAUUCCUAGCUAUUGCAGCUUUCACAGAGACAGAUUAUGAGCACUGGAAAAUCGCUUCAUUAGAGGAAGUUUAUACCAUUUUGUAUGUGGGCAUCGUAGCAUCUGGAUUAGUGAUUUCCCUUCAAACAUGGUGCAUUGCUAAAGGAGAUCCAAUAUUUUUAUUUUUUUCUUUUGUUUGGGGUCCAAAAGGGCUUCGGUUUAGGCUAAAAACCGCAGCCCUUCCACAUUGGUAGGGCUGCGGUUUUGAGCCUAAACCGCAACCCUUCAUUGUGAAGGGCUGCGGUCAUAAACCGCAUCCCUUCUUUUCUAUUGAAGGGCUGCUAUGGAAAGGGCUGCUAGCCAAAAACGCAGCCCUUAGGGCUGUUUUGACCGCAACCCUUCCUUAUUUUUCCACUAGUGUUUAUUGCUGGUCCUAAGACGAUUAAAUGGCCUUUUGCUUGAGGAAGCUACCUCAAUUUCAAAAAAGCAAAGACGCACACUUUUUAUUGUUUUACCGGUCAUCUUCAACCGGUUUAGAAAUGAUCGGUCACUUCCGGUAUAAAAGG